AUGUCUAUUGAAAAUACUAUUGUUCGCUUUAAUGGAAAGAAUUUUCCUACGUGGGAAUUUCAGUUUAAGAUAUUUUUGAAAGGAAAAGAAUUAUCAAAUCAUAUUGAUAAUUCUGCUAAAAUUCCCACUGAUGAAAAAGAAUUUGUUCAAUGGGAGGUCAAGGAUGCCAAGGUAAUCUCUUGGCUAUUGGGGACGAUUGAGUCUCACCUUGUGACCAAUCUUCGAUGUUUUACUACGGCUCAGGCUAUGUGGGAUUAUCUUCACCGCAUUUACCACCAAGAUCAUAGUGCUCGGAAGUUCCAAUUAGAAUUGGAAAUUAGUAAUUAUGAUCAAGGCAAUUUACCUAUCGCACAAUUUUAUUCUGGUUUUAUUAACAUUUGGUGCGAGUAUUCUGCCAUUGUUCAUACUAAGGUUCCCAUUACAGCACUCGCGGCUCUUCAAGCAGUUCAUGCUGAGAGUCAACGCGAUCAGUUUUUAAUGAAGCUUCGACCCGAAUUUGAGCCCGUUCGAGCUGGUUUGUUGAACCGUAAUCCGGUUCCUUCUUUGGAUAUUUGUUUGGGAGAUUUGUUGCGUGAAGAACAGCGGUUAUCCACUCAAAUAGGUAUGACUUCUGAGAAGGUCUUUUCUGACACUGUGAAUGUAGCCUAUGCAGCACAAGGGAGAGGGAGGAACAAGUUGCAAUGUUUCAGUUGCAAGGAAUUUGGUCAUAUUGCUCGCAACUGUCCUAAGAAAGUUUGCAACUACUGCAAGAAAGAAGGUCAUCUCAUCAAAGAUUUUCAAGUACGGCCUCAGAAUCGCCAAUCCCAAGCUUUUCAGGCUGCUGUACAGUCUUCUUCUUCAUCUUCUGCGCCGCCUACUGUAAGCUCUGAUUCAUCUGUUCUCACACCAGCAAUGGUUCAACAAAUGAUUGUCUGCUUUUACGACUUUAGGCCUGCAAGGUACGGGUACUAA